AUGCUGGAAGUUCUCAAUGAAAUAGAAAAUGAUUCAACUACCUCGGUACGUGCUAUAGAAGCAGCUACAGGAAUUCCAAAAAGUUCUGCAAAUCGGAUUCUAAAAUGUCACAGGCUUCACCCAUAUCACUACAGGCGUGUGCAGACGUUAAUACCACGAGACUACCCACUACGGGUUGCAUUUUGCCGUGUGAUGCUGAACAGGAAAGGUCCCCAAUUCUUAAAAAAAGUUCUAUGGUCGGAUGAAACAACCUGCGAGAAAGAUGGUUAUUUAAACCUUCACAACCUACAUAGCUGGAACAAUAAAAAUCCGCACCUGAUUAGACAAGACAAAUCCCAAUAUCAAUUUAAGGUUAACCUA